GAAUAGUUCCCCUCUCCAGUCCCACUGCAAUCAGGCUGUGAGCUGUGCUCCUGUGCACGCCCCGUGCCUGUGCCGAGGCAAUGGGAGAGACUGGACCAACCUAUAAAUAGGUGAGGGGCAGGCAGUCAGCCCAUCCUGGAGACUGCUGUCUGACUGCCUGUUCAGCGCUGCUUCCCCCUGGCAGGUACCAGCGGAAAUGGGACGAGCUGCAGGUGAACGAGACCCUCUUCAGGGUGGAGUACGAUCAGAUGGCCAAUGACAACAAGGAGAUCGUGGCCUUUCUCAAGAAGACCCUGAACCAGCGGGUUGAUGAGAUCGCUGACCUCAAUGACCAGCUGGUCAGCCUGCAGCAGGCCAAAGAAUCCGAGAAGGACGCCUUCGAGGCCCAGCUGGCCCAGGUUCGACAUGAGUUUCAGGAGACCAAGGACCAGCUCACUUCGGAGAACAUGCUGCUAAGUGGGAAGCUGGCUGCGCUGGAGGAGUUCAGGAUCCAGAAGGAUGAGCUCAUGGGCAAGUUUGCAGCCCUAGAGGAGCAGCUGAAGAAACAAGAGGACGAUCACAAGGAGUAUAUCUAUAACCUGGAGAGGAAAGCUGUGCUGGACAAAGACAGGCUGAAGAAGGAGAUGAUGCAGCGUGUUAACGUGGUGGCAGCCGAGUUCCGCAAGGUCUCCAACAGCCAGAUGGCCGAGACCACCAAGCGCACCAUCCGCGAGAACGUCGCCAUCAACGUCCAGCUGGCCAAGAUGUCCGAUCGCAGCUACGACCUCAUCCAGGAGAACGACAUGCUGAAGGAGGCCCAGGCCGAGAUGCAGAAGCAGCUGGAGAUGCUGGAGCACAAUGAGAAGCAGAUGGCCAAGAACAGCCUCAGCAACCAGAAGCUGUGUUCCUGCUGCUCAUUUCAGAUGAUUUGGAUGCUCACCAAUAAAUGCAAGGAGCAGCAGGUGCUGGUGGAUGAGUACAGGCAGCAGAAGGAGGCCAUGCAGCAGCUGAAGGCGGCCCAUGAGAUGCUGCAGAAGGAGAACCAGGCACUAAGACAAGAGCUGAAGGAGCUGAAGGAGGAGGUGAGGAGGAAGAUGGUCGAAGGGCAGAGGCAGGCCAAGCUCCUGGAGGAAGAGCAGAAGCUCAGGAAGAAUGCAGAGAGGAUCUUGAACCAGGCUGUCCAAGCCCUUAAGGACCUGCUGCAGGAGAGGCCGUCUGAUGAGGAGGAUGGCGACUUUGACAUGAUGUUCCAGCUGCGCCACCAGGAGAUGCUGCGGAGCCUGCUUGGGCUGCUGAGGCGGGGGACCACGGCUGGGCCCACGCAUCAGGAGCAGGUGUUCGGGCCCCAGAAAACGGCCAACAGGGAGCAUGGACUGGAGUCCCCUGCAGAGAGCCAGCUGCACCCAGCCCCAGGCCUCAAGACCUCUCCCGUCAUCUCGCACCACUUGCUAGUGCAGCGGGGGCAGGGGGCGCAGCUCUUCCACAGCAUGAGCAAGACGGGUCUGCUGUCCAAGACCACCCGCAUCGGGACCGUCCGCACCUACGCCAGCGCCACGGAGCCACUGAUGACUUCCUGGUCGGAGGAGAAACGGGUGAAGCAGCAGCCGAUUCUGCCCCUGCCAGAGAUAGCGGCCAGACACUCCUUCCAGGGCCUGCUGACCAAAUAGGGACACGCUGGGAGGGAGGGAGCUCCCCUUCCUGCCAGCCGAUUGCUCCCUCCCCUGCCCCCAGCACCUGCGUAGAGGAGAGGGACUGAACGUAGAUGGCAAAGCGUGUGUCGACUGGGCGCCUGGGUUUAUUGUACAGUCUAUGCAAAACUGCCCUAUAAAACGAUGGAGUUAC